AUGUCAACACGCAAAUCCGCGCGUUUGAGCGCAGCUUCAGAUCUCAAAUCGUCAUCAUCACCAGCAGCCCAAGCCAUGGCACCUCCGCCACCACCACCACCGGCACCCAGGGGCCGCAAGAGAAAAGCAGAUGCCAAAGCCACCGCGGAAGAUGGAGAAGACGCAGAUGGUAUCAUCACGGAGACAACAACGGCAGCGCCCACGACGCCCAACAAGCGUCGCGCGCCAAAGUCGCAGGGCCUUCCGCCAGCAACACCAACGCCCAGCAACGCAAGUCUCUUCGGCGAGCGGGGAUCCACAACGCCCAUCACCAAACUCAAACCCAAACCCGCGGCCGUGAGCCGGCUGGCGGACCCGAACGCGACCAACGCCACGCUGCUAUCGCCCGAAUCGUCUCAGGUCGUGACAAGCAGCCGAGCCGCAACCGCCACUUCGCCAUCCAAGCAGCCGCAGCAGCAGCAAAAGCCAUCAGCCACGACGGCCACCAUCCUCGAGGAGGCCAACAGGCACCUGAUCAGCGUCGACGACCGCAUGCGGCCGCUAGUCGAGCGGAACCACUGCCGGGUAUUCUCGCCCGAAGGGCUAGCCGAGAAGGUUGACCCGUUCGAGUCGCUGUGCUCGGGCAUCAUUUCGCAGCAGGUGUCCGGCGCGGCGGCCAAGGCGAUCAAGAAGCGGUUCGUGGCACUGUUCAACCCUCCCGCCCCGGAUCCCGACCCCGAUUCCAACGCAGCUGCCGACGACGCAGACUCUUCUGCCCAGACGAGCCACAAAUUCCCCCACCCCUCGCAGGUCGCGGCCUGCACCAUAGAGCACCUGCGCACAGCAGGCCUCUCACAGCGCAAAGCCGAGUACGUGCAAGGCCUAGCCCAGAAAUUCGUCUCCGGCGAGCUAACCACCCAACUGCUCGCUGAUGCGCCGUACGACGAGGUCGUGGAGCGCCUAACGGCGGUGCGCGGGCUGGGCCGCUGGUCCGUCGAGAUGUUCGCGUGCUUCGGCCUCAAGCGGAUGGACGUCUUCUCGCUGGGCGAUUUAGGUGUGCAGCGCGGCAUGGCGGCGUUCGAGGGCCGCGACGUCGCGAAACUGAAGAGCAAGGGCGGCGGCAAGUUCAAGUACAUGAGCGAGAGGGAGAUGCAGGAGAUCGCGGACCGGUUCAAGCCCUAUCGCAGCUUGUUCAUGUGGUAUAUGUGGAGGGUGGAGGAGACGGAUGUUAGUACGAUGGAGUAG